GACGAGGAGGCGGAGUGACUCGGCGGCCAUUAGCUGCGUGUAGUUGUGCUGGACUAGGAGCUUAAGUGAAGAGGAAAGCCUUACUUGGUGGAAAUCACCCGUUUCCAUGGGCUUCUGCCGGGGCUAACCCCAGAGCACGGAGAAGGCGGGCUUUUCGGUUUCCCGGCCUGCCGGGUGGCGGGGCCCACUAGGCCUCCGGGCAUCCCCGGCCUCAAAUAGGCCUGUCUGCCGGCAAGGGCGCCCCAAAGGCGGGAGGCGCCAUGUCGCUGGUUGCUUACGCCAGCAGCGAGGAGAGUGAGCCGGAUGAGGCUGAGCCCGAGCCGGAGGAGGAGGAGGAGGCGGCGGCCCCGACAUCUGGGCACACUUUGGGGGGCCUGUUCGCGUCUCUUCCUGCACCCAAGGGCCCGGCUUUGCUACCCCCGCCUCCCCAGAUGAUGGCCCCCGCCUUCCCCCCGCCGCUGUUGCUGCCCCCUCCCUCCGGAGACCCCCGGCUCCAGCCUCCUCCCCCGUUGCCCUUCGGCCUGGGAGGUUUCCCCCCGCCUCCCGGCGUGAGCCCUGUGGAAGCGGCGGGGGUCGGGGAGGGCUUGGGGCGGGGGCUGCCUGCGCCCCGCGGCCCCGGCCUCAGCCUGCCCCCCCCUGUCGGCGGUGCCGGGCCCCCUCUGGGGCUCCCCAAGCCAAAGAAGAGGACCGAGCCCGUGAAGAUCGCGGCGCCGGAACUGCAUAAGGGGGAUUCAGAUUCUGAGGAAGAUGAGCCCACAAAGAAGAAAACUGUCCUUCAGGGAUCCAGCGAGGGGACCGGUCUGUCUGCGUUGCUUCCCCAACCUAAAAACCUGACUGUGAAAGAGACUAACAGGUUGCUCCUGCCCCAUGCCUUCUCCCGGAAACCCCCGGACGGCUCCUCGGACCUGAAGCCCCCCAGACAGGCCUCAAAGACCAAGCCCGCCUCGCUGGCCCCCGUGGUGGGGACCACCACCACCACCCCAUCGCCCUCGGCCAUCAAGGCUGCUGCCAAGAGCGCUGCCCUGCAGGUGACGAGGCAGAUCACACAGGAGGAGGACGACAGCGAUGAGGAAGUGGCCCCCGAGAACUUUUUCUCCCUCCCUGACAAGGCUGAGCCUCCUGGAGUCGAGCCAUACCCUUACCCCAUGCCCACUGCCCCCGAAGAGCUGCCUCCAGGCACGGAGCCGGAACCAGCCUUCCAGGACGAUGCCGCCAAUGCCCCCCUUGAAUUCAAGAUGGCAGCAGGCUCAAGUGGGGCCCCUUGGGUGCCCAAGCCUGGGGAAGACUACAGCUAUAAUCAGUUUUCCACAUAUGGCGACGCCAAUGCCGCUGGUGCUUACUAUCAGGAUUAUUACAGUGGUGGCUACUACCCUGCCCAGGACCCGGCCCUGGUGCCCCCCCAGGAAAUCGCCCCAGAUGCCUCCUUCAUCGAUGACGAAGCAUUUAAGCGGCUGCAGGGCAAGAGGAAUCGAGGGCGGGAAGAGAUCAACUUUGUGGAGAUCAAAGGUGAUGAUCAGCUCAGUGGGGCCCAGCAGUGGAUGACCAAGUCAUUGACAGAAGAGAAAACCAUGAAGUCGUUCAGCAAAAGGAAAGGAGAACAGCCAACAGGCCAACAGCGGAGGAAACACCAGAUCACGUAUUUGAUCCAUCAGGCCAAGGAGCGGGAGCUGGAGCUGAAGAACACCUGGUCGGAGAACAAGCUCAGCCGCCGGCAGACCCAAGCCAAGUAUGGAUUCUAGGCCCAAGCCGCUCGCUCCCAGGACCCCCGCAGCCCGGGCCAGCUGCUCCUCUGGGACCCCAGCUGCUCCGAGCCCAGGAACUCUCCCUGAGGACCCAGCCCUCGCCUCUGCGAGAACGAAUAUAUUUGAUAGAUUUUUUCUUAACAAAUGUUAGAACAUCCGGCUCCUUCCUGUCCGGGAGCUUGCAGGGACUGGGGAUGAGCCUCACAGCAGUGUCCCUCCGAGGGGAAGUGAGACUCUGCUCCCCGGCGAUGAAAUGUUGAACCCUUCCCUCUGCCUCUGAUUUUUUUUUUUAAACCAGGGAUGUCUGUUGAAAUAAAAUAUUCAGCCUGA